AUGAUUUCAUUCCCUUUAGUCCAAUCCAGUCCAACACUAAACCCCGCCGCCUCUGCCACCAGCACGGCCACCCGGACUUUUCUCAUCCCCCACCAUUACCAUACUCACAAAUUAGCUUUCAUCUCAUCACAAUUUUCCCAUCCCGCCGACCUCCCCCGUCGCCUCAACCGCCUCCGUAUCCAGGCCAUAGACGCAGCACAGUCUUACAACUACGAAGCCCAGCUCGUCAACCGCUUCUCUCAAUCAACCAAGCUCAAAAUCGCCAUUAUUGGAUUCGGCAACUUCGGCCAGUUCCUUGCCAAGGCCUUUAUCCGACAGGGUCACACGGUUUUCGCACAUUCACGUUCAGAUUAUUCGUCAAUAGCGCAAUCCCUUGGCGUCGCCUUCUUCUUUGACACCCACGACCUCUGUGAACAACACCCAGAUGUUAUUCUUCUCUGUACCUCCAUUAUUUCCACUGAAUCAGUCCUCAAAUCCCUCCCCAUUCAACGCCUUAGGCGCAAUACACUAUUCGUCGACGUUUUAUCCGUAAAAGAAUUCCCCAAGAAUAUUUUCUUGCAACAUCUUCCCUCCCAUUUUGAUAUUCUUUGUAGUCACCCCAUGUUUGGGCCCGAAAGUGGGAAAAAUGGCUGGCAAAAUUUAGCAUUUGUUUUUGACAAAGUUAGGAUUGGGAAUGAGAAGUCUAGACUUACGCGGGCCGAGACUUUCUUGGAUAUUUUCAAGAACGAAGGGUGUAGAAUGGUGGAAAUGACUUGCGCAGAGCAUGAUAAAUACGCAGCGGGGUCUCAGUUUAUUACGCACACAAUGGGGAGGAUUUUGGAGAAGUUGCAAUUGCAGGGUACCCCAGUUAAUACAAAAGGGUAUGAGACUCUGUUGAAUUUGGUGGAUAAUACGGCCAGUGAUAGCUUUGAUCUGUACUAUGGGUUGUUUAUGUACAACAAGAAUGCCAUGGAGCAGCUGGAGAGGUUGGAUUUAGCGUUUGAGGCAUUGAAGAAAGAGUUGUUUGGGCAUUUACAUGAAGUUUUGCGGAAGCAAUUGUUCGGGAAAUCGGAGGAAAGUCCUAGGCUGGUGCUCGCAAAGUUGCCGAAGAAGAAUAGGACUUCAUUGUUGCCCGCAUCUACAUCAGAGACAGAGACCGUUGUGAACAAUACCUUGGUGAACAAUAACAACUAG